ACCUUGAUCCCUCCCCCACACACUCGCUCUCUCUCACCGUUGCGGCACCAUGGCCGCCGUCACGGCUGCGGCCGUCUCCCUUCGCUCCGCCACCACUGCCUCCACUCCCUCCAGCACCCCACACUCCCACUGCGGCUUCCCCUCCGCCGCAAGAACCACCGCCCGCCGCGGCCUAGUCAUCCGGGCGCAGGCCGUCUCCACCGAUGCCGCGCUGGUGAAGGCCAAGAAGGAGUCGAAGAAGCGGGACGAAGGGGUGGUGACGAACAAGUUUCGGCCCAAGGAGCCUUACAUCGACAAGUGCCUGCUCAACACCAAGAUCACCGCCGCCGACGCGCCCGGGGAGACGUGGCACAUGGUGUUCGGCCACGAGGGCGAGGUGCCCUACAAGGAGGGCCAGUCCAUCGGGAUCGUCGCCGACGGGGAGGGCAAGAACGGCAAGCCGCACAAGCUCAGGCUCUACUCCAUCGCCAGCAGCGCGCUCGGCGACUUCGGCGACUCCAAGACCGUUUCACUGUGCGUCAAGCGGCUGGUUCACAAACGACCAGGGGGAGGUCGUCAAGGGAGUCUGCUCCAAUUUCCUUUGUGA